AUGGCUAGUAAACUUUUCCCUCUCGUAUUCGUUUAUAUGGCACUCUGUUGUUGGGCAGAAAACAACGGAAGGUAAGUUAAGAUUUCACUCGUAUGACAUGUGAAUGACGCCUGCUCUUGAGAUCUACAGACAACUUUGUCCGCUUUGUGCUAAGUGUACUGUUGUAGCUAAUUGCAGGUCUAAGUAGGUCAAGUAUUGUCCAAAUCUUCGUUUACCUUAACACAUAAUAAACGAAGUGGGCGUUCAUGAUCAGAAUAGCGUUGUUCACAAACUCCAUAUUUAUUAACAUGAUAAUUUCCUAUCGUACUACAUGUAACUUGCUCUUUUAGUCGAUGGAACCACACAACUGUGAACGGAAACUUUUCGUAGUCAUUCAGAACAGUGAGGAAUGUACUAUUAGGAAAAUGGUCGAGUGGAUGAAGGCUAAAGCGAAAAAGGACAAAAAAAAACUCUCCUCAUACUAGUAAGAAAUAAAUAUGCCCGCACAGUUUGGGAAAAAAAUACAGACAAAUUACUGUUGUUUCCACAUAACUUAAUCUCCAGGGCACAAUCUUGUUUAUUAUAAUAGAUGUGACUUUUCUUCAUUUCGUUCACUGUCUUAGGAAUCCUCCAAAAAUAUUUACUAAAGAUGGCAGCCUGGUUUUAAAAGCUGGUGAAGAAGGUGAUAUCAUUUUUGAACCAGGUCAGGGAAAACAAGUCUUCAUUGGGAAAAAUGCACUGGUAAGUAAUGAUCUUUCUCUUGGUAACCUUAGAUUUUUGCCGUCCUACUUUAGUAGCUAAUCUAUCUGAGUACUUAUAAUUUUUUUUGUCAUCUUUUGGUAGAAUAUGUCUGGAGUCUCUGAUGCUAAAGGAGAGGUAUUUUGACAAUUUUACUCCAAAAUUUGGUGUUUUUUAAUAAUGAAUAAUGACUUCAAUUACAUAAGAUUAGCAGUAUAGUAUUAUUACUAACUCAAAACUGUUUGAAUUUUUAAGAAAGGGGAUCAAGGAGGUCAAGGACCUGUGAGUAACAGAAUUCAUUAAAACUAUAACUUGAUUUUAAAAUUAAUUUCUUCAUGUCCAAUGAUUAGUUAGUGACACUCAUUAUUCCAAAAUAAGUGUUAAUUACAGAAAACGUUUGAAAGUCUAAAAAGUGGAAAAACAUCACAUCAUUGUGUAAAUUAAUAUUAAUAGUAGUCACUUAAAUUAUUCAUUGUGGUAUAAUUUUCUCAACUGUAGGCAGGUGGUAAAGGGGAAAAAGGAGAAACAGGGCCACCAGGACAAACAACAUUUAUGGUAAUCAUCAUCAUUAUUGUCAAUGUCAUCAAUCACAUUGUAUGGUUGAUUUUUAACACUGGAAACUGUUAAUGGUUUGGAUUGCAUAACAACAGAUCCCUUCACAAGUUUGCAUGUCUUUAUAACUCAGAAUGAAACUGCAAACAUGACUGGACUUCCUGGACAAAAAGGAGAACAGGGAGACCAGGGAAUAAAAGGCAAGACAGGAAAUCCAGGUCUAAAUGGGACCAAAGGGCAGGUAAUGGAUCAAUUUUAUACCACCUCAGUUUACAAAAAUUGUAAAUUGAAUAUAUCAAACUGUUUGUUGACAAAAAAGAAAAUAGAAAUAUUUGGGGUUAGAUUCAAUCAAUGUCUCAACAGAAUUAGUGUGAUUCACUAUCUACUUGUAUUUAAUGCACCCCUUAUGACUUUAUGUUUCUGGUUUUUUCUUUUUAAUAAUUUAAAUUUUUCUACCCAGAAAGGUGAACCAGGCAUUCAAGGAGUACCAGGGAAGGUAUAAGGUUUACUUCAUGCAAAAUUGUUGAUUUUAAUUUUUUAUUUAAUUAAAAGUUCUCCUAACUUGCAUGCAGGGAAAUGUAAUGCAAACACUAAUAAGAGUGGUGUGUUGACGUGGUGUGAACAUGAAAAAUCAUCUGGAAGUAAACUGUUGGUAUAUACACUUUUUGGAUAGAAUGGGUCUGAUGGGAUUCAGGGUCCUACUGGUGCAAAAGGAACAAAAGGAGAACCUGGACAGCAAGGCCCACCAGGGUCAUUAUUGAACACCUCGAAUCAGACCACUUUGAGGUAGGUCCUUUUACUGAUAAGUGUGGAUGAAAUAUCAUAACAACAUAAUUAUUAGUCUUUAUUAUUCUCUGGUGGAACCAUGUGAUGUUUGUUGUCUCUGUAUCCUUUUCAGAUGUGAAAAUGCAAGUGAUCAUGGCUCAGUUAGGUUUAUAUCAGGAUUUCUUCAGGUAGUUACUGAAUGUUUUGUCAUUAACUCAAAAUAACAAAUAAUCUGAUUUAUAAAUUGAUGGGUCCAGUCAAGUAGUUGCAGACCAUAAGAGAUUUAGGUGAAUAGAACAUGAAUUUUUUUUUAAUGUUUUUUUUUUUAAUUACCAGUACCGGUACUUCGUCUUGGCCAAAAAAUUAAACAGCAUCCAUGAUUGUAUGAUUAAAAUUAGGAAUAUAUAUCUGUCAUAAAAGGUUAAUUACAGAAUAUUUCUGAAAGUGAAGUAAGUGUAGUGACCUCUUAAGGACAAAAUAUAAUUUGGCAAAAUUCACUAACAAUCACUCAAACAUGCUGUAGGUUUGCACUAAACUAGGCUGGCAGAAGCUGGUAUAUCAGGGAGGUGUGUGUGAAGGGCUGAAUGUACCACAGAUAAACCAUGAAGCUUUUAAAAGCUCAACAUUUGGCCUGCUGUUACAGUUUAAUGGAAAUCUGGAUGUAAAUCUCAGUCCUAACACAACCUUAAAUAAUAUCACUACAGGUAAAUCUAAUGGUAAAAACAUAUCCUUCAAUUCUGUGCAGUAAGAUGUAAGUUGUGAAGACCUUACAUGACUCUUCAGUGAUUAGAACCCAGGAAGCGCAUAAAGAGGUGUUUGCUAGCAAGUGUAAUAGAUACUAUGUAAGUUCUGUUACAUUGCAAAUGUUCUCUACUUUUGUUAAAAUAACUGACUUCCUAAGAGUGACUGGCUUAUAACUUCUCCUUACAAUAUCACCCUUGAAUCACCAAUUUAAGCAGCUUCUGAUUGUCAAACAACUUCUCCUUGACAGAACCAUAAGAAAUGUAAAGAGAUCAGUGUGAAGAAUAUGAAUACUAAAUUAAUGACAAUGUGAAAGGUUUAGUAAUCAACAUACAAAAAAAUGCAAAAUGGUAAUGGAUUUCAAUUAAAAUAAAAAAAUUAAUAUGGAAUUACUGUAACACAUAAUUUAGGAUAAAGACAUCUAUAUCUCUGAUCUUAGAGUACCUAGGUAAUGCUGGAGGGCAAAACAUCACUCAAUAUAUCACCAGUGUAAUGGGUCAAGCAGUAUGGCUCAAAGGCCUGGAAUACAUCAAUUUGCAUGGCAUCCCAGUGGAUUUCUGGAGUGGUGAUGAAUGGUCUGUUAUGGCCUUACUUAGGUCUCAUGAUGAUGGCAUUCUAGGAAGUAACAAAGAUGUUCUUGUACUUGGAGAUGGGGUACCAGCAAACAAUAAGGGCUUUCACCUCGGAUUGCGAGGAAAGGUAUAAUCUGACAGCCACAGACCUCUUUUGCAACAGCAAAGUAGCUUUUGACUGAAACCUCUAUUGUUUUUUUCUCAUGUUGAUGUUAUGCCAAGUGGGCAAAGAUACAUGAAUAAAAAAGAACCAUAACUAGUAGGCUCACCAUGAAAGAUAUCCAUGAAUUAACCCUCAAUAUAAAUAAUGUUUGUUUUAAAAUUGCCAUUAGAAAGCUUCUCUGUGUAAAAUGAUGACCAAGAGGAAGGUUUCACAUUCCUUUACUAUUUGCUUUGUGACUUAAAUUUGCCCAAUUGAAAAAAAAAUGUAUUUUUUUCUUUUGUUAAUGGAUUGCACUCUCCAGAAAGUUGUGUAUGGAUUCUAUUCAAAUGACCUUAAGGGAAAAGAUGCACUUGAAUAUGGAAGAUGGUACCACAUCACAUGGACUUGGACUAAAGCUAAUGGAAUACGGUGAGAUAGAUGCUUUAUGCUCACUUUAUAAACACUUUGUCAUUUGACCACCAGUUGUUCUCUUCCUUCCUUUCCUCUUUCCUCUUUUUUAGUAUGCUGGGCUGUGCAGCUUUUCUGGCCCCUACUUUUACAUUGGGCGAGGCCCUCAUGGCAGAAUUUUCUUUACAGGAAUUCUUUUCAUUAAAAGCAAGCGAGAGCCAUACUGGUCAAUUGAUAAUUAUUUAUAUUUGUUUGUUAUACCAUAAAGUCCUCAUCAAAUCUACAAGAAAAGGUACACCAAUCUUUUUAAUCUCCACAGAAAAAUAUUUGUUGAUGGUAAAAUGGAAAACUCUGCAAAAGGGACAAGUACCUAUAAUGGAUUGAGUGGAAAAACUCAAAUUGGAACAUGGUGGAGUGGAAAUAAUGGAUUGAAAACCAAUGUAGAGAUUGACAAUCUCUAUAUAAUUGACAAAGCAAUUCAGUACUCUCCUACAGACCAGCAGCUGUGUUAUGCAAGGGCAAUCAACCUGAACAUGCCGUAGAACUCUGAAUGCCAAAUAGCAUCAAAGAUGAAAAAGGUGUAAGAAAAAAUUAGUGAGUUCAGUCAUCACUUUUC